GAUGACCAAAAGUGAACCCUACUGUAGAAAAAGGUUUCUUUCCGAGCUGGCGAACAACCGACGGCGGUCGGAGUCUAGAUUGCUGUGCGAUACAUGGUCCAGCAUUCAAUACAGCAUUGAUUUUCCGAGAAAUCUGUAACAAACGCGCCAGCAUCGAAAUUUCGGUGGACACCCGCCUCGAGCACGCCGCAAGGGACACAUCAAGGCAACGCUGACCCGGCCUAGCGAUACCAAUUACAGCCUUGGUAGAAGUCUCUAUCACCAUAUAAAACAUUUCCAUACGCCGGGCCAGUCUCGAUCACGACAUAUCCCACAAUGGCAUCAGCAUCAACCUUUAGCAGAGCCCUGCGUCGCCUGCUCCCGACCUCAAACCCAUUCAUUCCCUCAGCUCUCCGACCUCAGACACACAGCAUGGCCAGCAGCAACAGGACACGCUCCUUCCACAGCACGCCGCAGACGCAGGCGCGCCAGGUGAAGAAGCAGUCGACGUCGAUCGGCAGCCACGCGGCGUCCAUCAACCGCAAGAUGGGCGGCAACAGCGGCGACCGGCUGCGCAAGGCCCAGCCCGUGGCGGCGGACCCCAAGCUGAUGCUGUUCCGCAAGGUGGUGGGCGUGGUGCGCAAGACGCCGCCGCCUCUCAUCAUGGGUCGCAACCGUCACCUGCGGCACUGGACCAUUCACCGCGCCUGGCAGCUGCACCUGCACAAGCAGCGUGACGACAAGCAGAGGAUGCUCAUACGCCAGUGGCACUCAAUGCGUAACGCCUGUGAGGAGCUCCGCCAGACCAGCGGGCCAGGAACCAGGGAUGAGGGUUACCUCUACCGCGUCGCAAUGGAGAAGAAGGGCGUCUACGGCCACGACGGCUUCCCCAUUGAGUACGCCAGGCCCCAGGUCGAGACGCCAGCGAGGCAGGCUUGGAACCACGAUUGGAGGAGGGAUUGAGUAGUUGAUAUACUUUGAAGAGCUUGUGGUCUCCGAAGCCAAUGGCUGCGUUUUGCUGGCUUUGGCGCUACAGAGAGGGCGCUCUUUUUGUACCAAGCGUGUAUAAAAUUAUAGACCAAAUAUUGACUGUAUUACUUCUCAUA